AGGAAGUGGUAACUAGACUAACAAAGGUGCCUGUGGCGGUUUGCCCAUCCCAGGUGGGAGGGUGGGGCUAGGGCUCAGGGGCCGUGUGUGAAUUUACUUGUAGCCUGAGGGCUCAGAGGGAGCACCGGUUUGGAGCUGGGACCCCCUAUUUUAGCUUUUCUGUGGCUGGUGAAUGGGGAUCCCAGGAUCUCACAAUCUCAGGGACCAUGGGCUGUGGCUGCAGCUCACACCCGGAAGAUGACUGGAUGGAAAACAUCGAUGUGUGUGAGAACUGCCAUUAUCCCAUAGUCCCACUGGACGGCAAGGGAACGCUGCUCAUCCGAAAUGGCUCUGAGGUGCGGGACCCACUGGUUACCUACGAAGGCUCCAAUCCGCCGGCUUCCCCACUGCAAGGUGACCCCAGGCAGCAGGGCCUGAAAGACAAGGCCUGCGGAUCCCUGGCUGUUGGCUUCCACCUCUCCCCCACCUACUUUCUCCCCGGUCUUGCCUUCCUUGUCCCCCACCCUGUAACUCCAGGCUUCCUGCCCAUCCCAGCCCGGUUCUCCCUGAUGCCCCUUGUCUUUACAGACAACCUGGUUAUCGCUCUGCACAGCUAUGAGCCCUCUCACGACGGAGAUCUGGGCUUUGAGAAGGGGGAACAGCUCCGCAUCCUGGAGCAGAGCGGCGAGUGGUGGAAGGCGCAGUCCCUGACCACGGGCCAGGAAGGCUUCAUCCCCUUCAAUUUUGUGGCCAAAGCGAACAGCCUGGAGCCCGAACCCUGGUUCUUCAAGAACCUGAGCCGCAAGGACGCGGAGCGGCAGCUCCUGGCGCCCGGGAACACUCACGGCUCCUUCCUCAUCCGGGAGAGCGAGAGCACCGCGGGAUCGUUUUCACUGUCGGUCCGGGACUUCGACCAGAACCAGGGAGAGGUGGUGAAACAUUACAAGAUCCGUAAUCUGGACAACGGUGGCUUCUACAUCUCCCCUCGAAUCACUUUUCCCGGCCUGCAUGAACUGGUCCGCCAUUACACCAAUGCUUCAGAUGGGCUGUGCACACGGUUGAGCCGCCCCUGCCAGACCCAGAAGCCCCAGAAGCCGUGGUGGGAGGACGAGUGGGAGGUUCCCAGGGAGACGCUGAAGCUGGUGGAGCGGCUGGGGGCUGGACAGUUCGGGGAGGUGUGGAUGGGGUACUACAACGGGCACACGAAGGUGGCGGUGAAGAGCCUGAAGCAGGGCAGCAUGUCCCCGGACGCCUUCCUGGCCGAGGCCAACCUCAUGAAGCAGCUGCAACACCAGCGGCUGGUUCGGCUCUAUGCUGUGGUCACCCAGGAGCCCAUCUACAUCAUCACUGAAUACAUGGAGAAUGACACACUUCUAGACUCCCAGUUGGAGGAGAAAGGUCUGGGGGCCUCCCCCUGGGGCAACUUGGGCCAGCAACUCUUGCUUCUGCCCACAGGGAGUCUAGUGGAUUUUCUCAAGACCCCUUCAGGCAUCAAGUUGACCAUCAACAAACUCCUGGACAUGGCAGCCCAAAUUGCAGAAGGCAUGGCAUUCAUUGAAGAGCGGAAUUAUAUUCAUCGUGACCUUCGGGCUGCCAACAUUCUGGUGUCUGACACCCUGAGCUGCAAGAUUGCAGACUUUGGCCUAGCACGCCUCAUUGAGGACAACGAGUACACAGCCAGGGAGGGGGCCAAGUUUCCCAUUAAGUGGACAGCGCCAGAAGCCAUUAACUACGGGACAUUCACCAUCAAGUCAGAUGUGUGGUCUUUUGGGAUCCUGCUGACGGAAAUUGUCACCCACGGCCGCAUCCCUUACCCAGGGAUGACCAACCCGGAGGUGAUUCAGAACCUGGAGCGAGGCUACCGCAUGGUGCGCCCUGACAACUGUCCAGAGGAGCUGUACCAACUCAUGAGGCUGUGCUGGAAGGAGCGCCCAGAGGACCGGCCCACCUUUGACUACCUGCGCAGUGUGCUGGAGGACUUCUUCACGGCCACAGAGGGCCAGUACCAGCCUCAGCCUUGAGAGGCCUUGAGAGGCCCUGGGGUUCUCCCCCUUUCUCUCCAGCCUGACUUGGGGAGAUGGAGUUCUUGUGCCAUAGUCACAUGGCCUAUGCACAUAUGGACUCUGCACAUGAAUCCCACCCACAUGUGACACAUAUGCACCUUGUGUCUGUACAUGUGUCCUGUAGUUGCGUGGACUCUGCACAUGUGUCUUGUACACGUGUAGCCUGUGCAUGUAUGUCUUGGACACUGUACAAGGUACCCCUUUCUGGCUCUCCCAUUUCCUGAGACCACAGAGAGAGGGGAGAAGCCUGGGAUUGACAGAAGCUUCUGCCCACCUACUUUUCUUUCCUCAGAUCAUCCAGAAGUUCCUCAAGGGCCAGGACUUUAUCUAAUACCUCUGUGUGCUCCUCCUUGGUGCCUGGCCUGGCACACAUCAGGAGCUCAAUAAAUGUCUGUUGAUGACUGUUGUA